GUAUAACUUUAUCAAAUGCAAUGAUGAAUGCAGGACUGACAUCCUUUAAAAGAAUAGAAGAUACAAAUGCAAGAGAACUUGAAUUGAUUUUGAACAGACAUCCUCCUUUUGGAAAUCAGAUUAAAGAAUCAGUAGCACACCUUCCAAAAUAUGAACUUAACAUUGAGCAGCUGGCAAAGUACAAUGAAACAGUAGCUGAAAUCAUAGUGACAAUCAUAUUAACCAACUUUGAACAGCUGCAGAUAAAAAGAACUGCUCCAGAUUCUCACUAUGCAACCCUAGUAAUAGGCGAUAAUGAUAAUCAUGUGAUUUUUAGACAAAGGAUUAUGGAUUCUGCUUUGAUGAAAUUUGGAAAUUGGGCUAAAAAGAUUGAAGUGAGAAGAGCUGUUAAUUCUGAUGAGCUUAGUAUAAAUCUAAUCAGUUCUGAAUACGUUGGACUGGAUAUUCAGCAGAAAUAUACACCAUUUUACUUAGGACCAAAGAAGGUUGGAAAUCAAAUUAUGAACAUUCAUGGAAAAUUCAAAGAUUGCUAUUCAUCUGAUAGUUAUCACACUUCUUCAGUAGGGUCAUCAAAACUAAGAACAAUAAGCAUAAAGAAUGGAAAUAGAAAAUGCAAUCACCACUGCAAAAAUAAAGAAAUAUGUGGACAUGACUGCUGUAAAAUUGGAGUUUCAGAGAAAUCUAACAUGAAGAAUGAGUCAGCCUUUUCUUCAUAUCUUACUGAUUUGAGGAAUCGGAAUGCUGAAUCUGCCAUUCCCCCAGUCAAGCGAUUAAAGAUGCAAAUGUCAAAUAAAUCUCAAAAAGUGGAUCUUAAACAAUAUAGUUAUAUUCCAAAAGGUUUUCUUCCAGCAUUGCCAAGAUUAGAGUAUGUACAACAUCCAAGAUCCCCUUCAUUAGAAGAGGUCUACAGUUCUAAUGUCUGUCAAGGAUUUCAGGUGGAACCUGAAGUUUGCAAAAUGAAUGGUUUCUUUGCUAUCAAACACUCUGACGAAAAGAAUAACCAGACAAUGAGUUUAAACAAAAGUCUCGAAGAAUCUUUAAUGAGCAACUUGACUGAUGCAGAUAAAAGCAUCUCUUUGUUUUCCGAACCUUUGAAUGUGAAUUUUGAAUUAGGAAAUGAGAUUUGGGAUGAUUAUGAUGAUGGGAGUUUAGUACAUGGCAGUGUUUUUACUGCUAAUCUGCAGAAGUCAAAAGAUCCAGAUAAAAUGAAACCUGAUAUCUGCCUACAAAAUUCUUACUCUCCCUCACUGACUCCACCAUCCAGUACCAAAUUACUUGCAGAAUAUGGAAAUCAAAAUAUUUUUAGAUUUCAAGAAGAAUAUAAUCCUCCAGAAAAGCUGAAAAUGGCACAGUUAACUACAACCUCAGAAACACCUUUGAGAUCUUACCAAGUUGCUGGAAAGGGAGACUUUUUUAUUAGUAACAGAAGUAUGAUGAAGAGGGCUGAUCUUAGGCAUCAGUUUUCUGAUGAUGGUGAUGGUGAUGGUGAUGAUGAUAUUAAGCCUUUUCUUGGCAUAUUUGAUGGCAUUUUUUAA